GGCGGGGCACGGUGCGCUGAGCCCUCGCAGGCGACGCUCAGUCUCCCGGGGACCACUUCUGAGGGAGCCAGCCCUCCCACGAGGCAGUUAUUUGAGAGCCGGAGCGAGGGCGCGAGGCCGGAGGGCUCCCCGCAGCCGCCCACCCGGUCCUCUGGGAGCCGAGUCCUACCUGGAGGAGGAGCGCCCCGGAGCUCGAGGACGGUGGAGGAAAGUUGGGGGGCGAGGGCGCGGAGCCGCGAGCCUAGGAGCCGCGGCCGGUGUCCGCGUCUCAUGAAUAUGCAGGAGCCACCUCCCUCCCUCCGUGACGUCACGGGCCGUCCUGGGGUGAGCGCCGGAGCUGCUCGGGGUCCGCGCCAGUGAGCGCGGCUGCUGAGGGCGAGCUAGCGGCGCGGCGGCGGGCACCGGAGGCCGAGCGCGGCGGCGCCCGAAGCGCACACAGCGGCAGGGCAAGGCGGCCCGAGGCCCGGCGGACACCGGAAGGCGAGAGCCGGCGAGGGCAGUAGGCGGCGGCGGCGGCAGCGGCAGCUCGUAGGCGGCGGCGGCGGCGAGGAUGGUGACUGGGAGGCUGUGCUGGGUACCGCUCCUGCUGGUGCUGGGCGUGGGGAGCGGCAGCGGCGGCGGCGGGGGCAGCCGGCGGCGCCGCCUUCUCGCCUCUAAAGUGAACAAGCACAAGCCAUGGAUUGAGACUUCGUAUCAUGGGGUCAUAACAGAGAACAACGACACAGUCAUUUUGGACCCACCACUUGUCGCCCUGGAUAAAGAUGCACCGGUUCCUUUUGCAGGGGAAAUCUGUGCAUUCAAGAUCCAUGGCCAGGAGCUGCCCUUCGAGGCUGUGGUGCUCAACAAGACGUCGGGAGAGGGCCGGCUCCGCGCCAGGAGCCCCAUCGACUGUGAACUGCAGAAGGAGUACACGUUCAUCAUCCAGGCCUAUGACUGUGGCACGGGGCCCCAGGAGACGGCCUGGAAGAAAUCGCACAAGGCCGUGGUCCAUAUCCAGGUGAAGGACGUCAAUGAGUUUGCUCCCACCUUCAAAGAGCCGGCCUACAAGGCUGUCGUGACAGAGGGCAAGAUCUACGACAGCAUCCUGCAGGUGGAGGCUGUCGACGAGGACUGCUCCCCACAGUACAGCCAGAUUUGCAACUAUGAAAUCGUCACAACUGAUGUGCCUUUUGCCAUCGACAGAAACGGCAACGUCAGGAACACGGAGAAGCUGAGCUAUGACAAGCAACGCCAGUAUGAGAUCCUGGUGACCGCCUACGACUGUGGACAGAAGCCUGCAGCGCAGGACACCCUGGUGCAGGUGGACGUAAAGCCAGUUUGCAAGCCUGGCUGGCAAGAUUGGACCAAGAGGAUUGAGUACCAGCCUGGCUCAGGGAGCGUGCCCCUGUUCCCCAGCAUCCACCUGGAGACGUGCGACGGGGCCGUGUCCUCCAUCCAGAUCACCACAGAGCUGCAGACCAACUACAUCGGGAAGGGCUGUGACCGCGAGACCUACUCUGAGAAAUCCCUUCAGAAAUUAUGUGGAGCCUCUUCUGGCAUCAUCGACCUCUUGCCGUCCCCCAGCGCCGCCACCAACUGGACCGCAGGACUGCUGGUGGACAGCAGCGAGAUGAUCUUCAAGUUCGACGGCAGGCAGGGUGCCAAGAUUCCUGACGGGGUUGUACCCAAGAACCUGACGGAUCAGUUCACUAUCACCAUGUGGAUGAAGCAUGGCCCCAGCCCUGGUGUGAGGGCUGAGAAGGAAACCAUCCUCUGCAACUCAGAUAAAACGGAAAUGAACCGGCACCACUACGCCCUGUACGUGCACAACUGCCGCCUUGUCUUCCUCUUGCGCAAGGAUUUCGACCAGGCAGACACCUUCCGCCCCGCGGAGUUCCACUGGAAGCUGGACCAGAUUUGUGACAAAGAAUGGCAUUACUAUGUCAUCAAUGUGGAGUUUCCUGUGGUUACCUUAUACAUGGAUGGAGCAACGUAUGAACCAUACCUGGUGACCAACGAUUGGCCCAUUCAUCCGUCUCACAUAGCCAUGCAACUUACGGUCGGCGCUUGUUGGCAAGGAGGAGAAGUCACCAAGCCGCGCUUUGCUCAAUUCUUCCACGGCAGCCUGGCCAGUCUCACCAUCCGCCCUGGCAAAAUGGACAGUCAGAAGGUGGUUUCCUGCCUGCAGGCCUGCAAGGAAGGGCUGGAUAUCAAUUCCCUGGAAAGCCUGGGCCAAGGAAUAAAGUAUCAUUUCAACCCCUCGCAGUCUGUCCUGGUGAUGGAAGGUGACGACAUUGGGAACAUCAACCGUGCCCUCCAGAAGGUCUCCUACAUCAACUCCAGGCAGUUCCCAACCGUGGGCGUGCGGCGCCUGAAAGUCUCUUCCAAGGUCCAGUGCUUUGGAGAAGAUGUGUGUAUCAGCCUCCCCGACGUGGACGCCUACGUGAUGGUGCUGCAGGCCGUCGAGCCCCAGAUCACCCUCCAUGGCACGGACCGCUUCUGGAGACCCACUGCCCAGUUUGAAAGCCCCAAAGGGGUUACCCUCUUCCCCGACAUCAAGAUUGUGAGCACCUUCACCAAAACCGAGGCCCCCAGUGACUUGAAGACCACAGCCCCCAAAUCAGCAGUUUUUGAAGAAAUGCUUCACAACUUAGAUUUCUGUGACAUUUUAGUGCUGGGAGGGGACCUGGACCCCAAACAGGAGUGCUUGGAGCUCAACCACAGUGAGCUCCACCAGCGACACCUGGACGCCACCAACUCCACGGCCGGCUACUCCAUCUACGGUGUGGGCUCCAUGAGCCGCUAUGAGCAGGUGCUACGUCACAUCCGCUACCGCAACUGGCGUCCAGCUGCCCUGGAGGCCCGGCGGUUCAGGCUCAAGUGCUCGGAACUCAAUGGGCGCUACACCAGCAAUGAGUUCAACUUGGAGGUCAGCGUCCUCCAUGAGGUCAGGGUCUCAGACAAGGAGCACGUCAACCACCUCAUCGUGCAGCCGCCCUUCCUCCAGUCUGUCCACCACCCGGAAUCCCAGACUGGCAUCCAGCGCAGUUCAGUGGUCCCGAGCAUCGCCACGGUGGUCAUCAUCAUCUCCGUGUGCAUGCUAGUGUUUGUCGUGGCCAUGGGCAUGUACCGGGUCCGCAUCGCCCACCAGCACUUCACCCAGGAGUCUGAGGCUGCCAAGGAAGCCGAGAUGGAUUGGGACGACUCGGCACUUACUAUCACAGUCAACCCCAUGGAGAAACACGGAGCCCCAGGGCGUGGGGAAGAUGAGACCGAGGAAGAGGAAGAGGAAGACCUAAGCUCGAGCAGCAGCGACUCCGAGGGCAGUGACGAGGAGUAUGGGGUGGGCAGGGGCGGACACGGGCAGGGCGGAGCCGCGCAAGCGCAGCUGGAGUGGGAUGACUCCACCCUCCCCUACUAGUGCCCGCCUUCUGCACCCGCCCACGUGUCCCUUUUGGAAGCCCCACCCCGAUGUACGCCCCAGCCUAUCACGUCGCCUCUGACUUCUAUGACAGGUCCCGGCAGGCCUUCCCCAGCAUCCUGGAGCCCACCCUUUAUGCCUUGGGUACUCCCCGCGUCCCAGCCCUGGGGUGGUUCCCAGAAGCCCAGCGUCAUCCUCACUGGGGACUUCAGGGGGGACUUUGUCCUGUGGCCCCCACUUCUCUUGCAGUGGGCUCACCCAGCAGCCUGGAUCCGUGGGUACCGUGUUUGCUCUUCCCUGCAGGGGAAAAGGUCAGCCUUCGUGUCGCUCCCCUACCUGGGCUCCACGUUCACAGGGCCCUGAGGUUCCAACCCCCCGUGCGGGCACUGACUCCGUGGUGUCUCCACACCGACCAUCAGGUUCUUCGCACCUGACUCUCCAGGCUGCUUCCUACAAGCAGGAUGGUCAGACUCCACACACUCGAGGUCUAAGUCCUCAGCACUUCAAAGGAACGUCCGUACCGAAUUAAGUUUGCAGGGAAGGGUUUGCCUAGGCUGUCCCCACUGCUCCCCUCGCCCCGCCACACACACGUGCUCUUCCCUUUUGGAGAGCCUUUCCCUUUGUCCUUUUUGAGGCCACAGAAGCUCAUAGGAAAAGUCCGAAGCCAAGAGCAGGCCCUUGGCCACAGCAGGGCCUGGUUCCAGCCAAAGUUCUCUGAGAACCUGCCUUCCUGGUAGCUGCUGAGACCCGCGGUGCUGCCCUGCUGGGGGCUACCACCACACGACACCAUGAGGGCCAGGAAGCAUUACACGUAGCCACUGCCCUGGGUGACCGCUGUGACAAGCCCACAGCCAGGGAUCAGAAGGAAGGGCUUCACGGUGGACGCCGAGCUGGGUGACAGGGGUGGCUGGGCUCUCCUGGGCCAGAGGGCGACCCCAAGGUUGACAAGGCUCUCACUGUCCAGUCUUAGGGUCCCUCAUCCCCUAGUUCACAGUUUUGCCUCUUGAGAAGAAACACUCCUCCUGGAUGUUUUGGAACAAGCAUGAACUGCGCCAAGUCUGAAAUAAGAGUUUGGAGAUUUAACUGCUAGAAAUUAGAAGCAUCUUUGCCAUAAUAACAGCUUCUUUCUUCUCAGAAAAGGAGCAAUGCUUUGGGUGGAGGGCAAAUAUAUCCAAAAACCAUUUCCUUCUUUCCUUCUUCUUUGUUUUAAUAAGGAAACCUUUUCCAUCUCCAUCUUAACAUGGACACUUUUGGAGGAGAACUGUUGCUAUAGUAACUGGUCUGUGAUCUUUUCUGGCGGAGAGUAUAGCAGGCAAGAGCUAGGGCUGUUAGAGGACUUCCAUGAGGCUCUAAGAACGUCUUUGUUUCAAAUGUCUUGGGCUUUUUUUGUCCUCAGUAUGUAUGAUCUGUCCCCUCUCUCCCCCACCCCAAUUCCCAGCCCAUCCCGUACUGGCACGGGCACAGAGCUGGCCCCUAGGCACAGGGUAUUCAGGUGCAAAAGAAAGGUCAGAAUCUGUUCAUCCUACUCCCUGUGUCAGAGAGACACAGCUACUCUCCUACUCAGAGAGAGCUUAUGAAGGGGAACCACCAUCAAUGUCUUUUAGUCUGACCUCCACCCAGUGAGGAUCUGUGACAGGUCUUUGCAACCUUCUGAUUUGAAGAAACCACCUUAGGCAGCCUUUUCCUUCGCCUAAAGUGUUUUUUGCAUCUGUUUCCUCCUCUGAGCCUCACAAUAAUCCCAUGAGGGAGUGGGGAACGCCUGUUGUUAGACCCAUUUUCAUGAUGAGUAAACUGAGGUUCAGAGAUUCAGCAUCUUGCUCAGAGUCAUUCUGAGGCAUAGACAAGAUGGGACUCCCCACUCUUGGCCCAGUGCCUACCACCCUGAUGCUACCUAUUCGUAUUCAUGCAGCUAACAGGCAUUGCUGAGGACCUACUACGUGCCAAGCGCUCUACCAGCAGCUGUGGGAAAGGGAGAAAGUGGAAGAAGCUCUUCCCUCAGAGGACUUGAUAGUUGCAGAGGAGAAACAGGCAGGCAUAGAAAUCAUACAAGAGACAAAUGCAGAGGGAGGGAGAGGAGAAGUCACAGGCUCUGAUUUUCCCCUCCUUAGAAAAGACGCUGGCAGAAGUUUGGGGUUUUAUAUUCAUUGAAUGGAAAUAGACACCUCUGUGAAUUGUCCCAGUCAAAUAGCCCUUUUCUAUCAGGCAGGGUCUGCACAUGUAGAAGGAGAAAAUCUUGGAUUUUUAGUCCUCACAGACCCCUUAGUUAAAUAAAAAGAGACUUUUUAGCCAGGCAUUUAGGAGCUAACAGAAUUCUUCCAAAAUUAAGGCAGUAAAAUGAGUACUGUAUUUAUAGGUUUAAAGCCAAUUCUUUUUGAAUUGGAUUUUGAUUUAAAACAUUUAAGUCCGGUGUUCAUGAGAGUGCUUUCUCCUGCUAGGGCUUUCGUUUUGGCUGUGGUGGGGAAGGUGGUCUGGUGCCCUCCAACUGCCUUCUAUGGCUACAUCACUUAUUCACGGCUCGGUGAGCUGCUUGGGGCAUGUGAAACCAUUUUGUGGGUUUUUCAGGGCUGGGGGGGGCGGGGGGAGGGAACAGGUGAAAGUGGAGCUUGUCAUAUGUAGAGAAACAAUGGGGUCAAGUCCCCUUGUUUCCCACUGAGCCCUUUCCAUCAGCUCCUGCCGUGGAAGGUCACCCUGCGUGCCAGCCCCAAGGACGAGGCACUUGAAGUGAUGCUGCUGGGUCAGUGGGCAUUUAUCGUGUUCCCAGCACCCUGCUCAGCGCCAUGGGUGAGAAUAAGAAGGGGAGACUAUAUAAAAGUAGCAGAAGCUUCGGGGAGUAUCCAGGUGAGUGGUGAGUAAUGUGAUCUGCCCUCUCGCAGGGAUUCUAACCGCGGGUGGAAAAUGCCAUUCAUAAGGCCAGCGUUGUCCAGGCUCCAUCUGCUGGCAUCUGGGAACCAAAACUUCCAGAUGGCCAGAUCCCCUGUGGCUUCUCACCCAGACAGCAGCGGCAGUACAUGUACACUCGUACCGGGGGGAACAGCUGACCAGUUUGGCCACAGGCCAGACCAGUGCUUGUCUUGCCAAGUGGAUGACCAGAUCGUGCUCUCUGGAGGUUGCAAAUACAUAGGCGGAAACCUCUCACACGACUCGGGUGACAGGGAGGAAGUGAAAGAAGAGGUUGAGGUGAAGAAGCCAGUACAGAAUGAGUUGCCCUAGUGGAGUAAAGCAAUCAGCUAGUUGGUCAUCAGUCUGAAAGAACGAGAAAGGUACAUUCUAGUAGGUUUAAUCAAAUCUAGCUACCAAAAACGUGCGUUCUGCUUUCACCACCUCUUUCUUGAACGCACACAGCCAUGCUAUCAAGCAGGGCUUAGCCCACCCACCUCUGCUUGUAGCAAGGGCUGUGCCUGGCGGACCCGGACCCUGCAGGGAGUUGGGCUCCUGAAGGGGAAGCAAUGUCCUCUGUUCCUAUACAACAGGGACUGGCAAACUUCACCUGUAAAGAUCCAGUUAGUAAGUGUUUCGGGCUUUGCAGGCCGUGCGGUCUCUGCUGCAGGUAUUUGACCCUGCUACGGUAGCAUAUGCUUAAAUGCAUGGAUACGGCUAUAUUUCCCAAAAAACUUUACACUGAGAAGGAGCAGGCAAUUUGAAUUCAUAUUGUCAUCACAUGUCACAAAAUUUUAUGACUCUUUUGAUUUUUAUUUUCAAGCAUUUAAAAAUGGAGAAACCCUUCUGAGCCCACUGGUCUUUCAAAACCUAGCAGCCGGCCAGAUUUUGCCCAGGGGCCGUGGUUUGCACACCUCAACCAUGUGUGUGGGGAAAGCAGCCUUCCGGCUGCCAAGGGAAAGCAGGUUCCUAUCUUACGCCCUCCCAGCAGCUACCCAGUGGUCUUUGCCUGCAAAAUAAACAGCAAAUAACACCACAGUCCUUAAUUAAGCUGUUUUUAAAAUCCAUGUUCCGGGGGAAAACCAAACCCAAAACCAAAAAAUACUUAUUGCUCGUUGAGUUGCCUCAAACGCAGGCAAGCAUUCCUCAAGAACUGAAAGGCUUGGGUCCAGGAACCUGCUGACCACGGAGUACAAACCCCAUUGAGCUAAGGGCUAACUCCCAGGCCCAGGGCCUUCCCCCAAUGACUCAGCCCAUAAUGAUUUCUAAGCAGGAAUGUUCAUUAUUUCAGACUGAUUUCCAUUCAGCCCUGCUCAUGCCAUCACUCUAAAAAUGAUCUAAAAGUCUUGUGACCGUUUGAAUCAAUACAGCAUAAUCAGUAGAAAAGGCUGCCCCGGCACACUUCAAAAUUAGCAUUCUUCUUGGCUGUAUGAUUCAAUUUUAGCCAAAGGAGGACUUUUCCUUAACCGUCCUCUCAUUUAAAUUAACCAAAUCAGUUUUACAAAAAAGUGAGAGAGCUGGUCUAAUCCUCAAAAAAUUUACCAGUGCAAAGUAGAUGUUUUUCAGGGAAGAUCGUUCUGAGGCCUCUGGGGGGUCCCCAAAGCCUCCUGCCGUGUACUCUGACAGGCUACGGGUGCCACACCAUUCUCUAGCUGCAUCAGACAUUUAUCGAGGCUGUCAAGCCAAAGCCCUGGGCACAAUUGAAUUUUCAUGGAACCACUUGCCGUUGUCCAGCUGUAGGCAAAGGAAAUGAGUAAUGCAAGUUUUGAAGGCUACUCCGGCACCUUCAUCUCCCUGCCUUUAUUUGCUUUAUACAUUUAUUCUGUACCUGCUUUAUAGACCUUGCCCUAGUUUUCCUUUGGGCAGCAACCAGAAAGAAGAGUUAGUUGACUUGGUAAGAAGUGGGUUAGAAGCCAAACUUGACUAUCCCAGGGAGGCGAAAAGAGACAGAAGAUGUCACCUCCACCAGCACCCCAGAAAGCAAUCAGACACCCCCUGUAUGCCAUCAGUGAACAGAUGGGAUUCCGUGUUUGCAGCUAUGUUCAAUGUAAUUCAGCAAACCCUUGCUCAGCGCCCGUGGCGUGCCACCCCCGGUGCCAGGAAUGGGGAAGAGAGCAUGGAUGAGUCGUGGUCCUGCCCGUGAGGAUCUCCUGGUCUUGGAAGCUGCUGGGAUGUCCCCUCUGCUGAGCUGGAGGCUGUCUCUGAGCCGUCAGGACUGGGGGGACAGAAGUUUGGGGUUGGGAGAGGGGGGAUAACUUGCUCUGCCAGUUCUCCACCCUAAGUCAGGUGGUAGGUGUGAUUCUGGGAGCCCUGCCACACAUUGCUGAGGCCAAGUGGAGAACUUUCUAGGGAAGCAGGCAGUGCUUCCCUAUGCGUUUCUUAAUUCCACCCCAGGCUGACUCAGUUCACCUGCUGAGGGAAGCCAGUCACCCCGCCUACAGGGCAAAAAUACCAUGGCCAAGGGCUAGGAUUCAGUGAAAGCAACCAAAGGAAGUUGUUUUUCUUUUGGGGGGGGGGGAUUUUUUUUUUAAUAUUUGAACAGAAAGUCACAAAAAUUAUAAUCAUCCUCAUCAGUUCACUCAGUCCCAUGUAAUUAAUUUUUUUUCAUCUUGAUCUUUUGUUAGCACUUUUAUGAAUUCAUCAGUUUUCCAUUAGAGUUCUGAAAAUGCUUAUUCAUUCAGUUCAGCAGUACAGUCAGUUACCAGAAACCUGUACUUGUCAGAGUCUUUUCCAUGAAUUCCUUGAAGAUGAAACCCUUUAAUAGGAACAUUUUUGUGAAAGCAUCAGAGUACACCCAGGACUGUCUGUAAAUGACAAAAAACUUAAAAAUGACCACGGUUAAAGAUUUGAUGAAAGUUCAUAAUAAUGCAAUUGACAAGGAAAUUUAGUUAUUUCUGAGACGUACAUUUCAAAGGAUGUUCUUACAUACCAAGAGCAGGCAGCCAGACGUCGGAAGUUAGGAAGGGUGACCCAGAUCCAGGGACCAGCAUGAAAGCCCACAGCCACGGGACAGCCUGAGUGAGCGAGCACCUCGGACGCCCCAGGUCAGAGCUGGAGAGGGAAGCAGGGCUGACUCCGGAGGACCCGCUGCAUGUUCACACCCCACCCUGUGGAACCCAGGUUCUCAAGGUAUCCUUGGGCCAGAGCAGCAGCAUCACCUGGGAACAAAUGAGAAAUACAAAUUCUCGGGCCCCGCCCAAGACCCGCUGAACCGGAAACUGGGGGUGGGGUCCAGCAUCUGUGUCUCAAAGAGCUCUCCGAUUCUGAAGCGAACUAAGGUUUGAAAACCACGGAGGUAGAGGAAGAGAAGAAGGAUUUAAGCUGGCAUUGGGAGCAGACGACUGUUAGCAAGAUAAAAAAAGAAUUGUGUAGUGAUGAGAGGGGGCCAGACAGACUGCCCCACCCCCAUCCCGGGCCCUCUAGGCUCUAAACCACGCUCCCUGAAGCAGUGGUUUCAGAGCACCCUGGUCUAGUCCCAAUUCCGCUCCUCCCUGGGGCAUGAGCCACUUCCUGCUGGUCUGGCCCCAUUCGUCCUGGAGAAAGACGCAGCCCAGGAGAAGCUGUAGUGAGGUCACCCAGCCCUAGAGAGGCCACCUUCCAGCUUCCUAUAAGCUGAACAACCUCCUCCAAGGCUGUAUUUUAAGGGGAAACAAUCACACUGCAGCAAUGACCCUGCAUCACCAGGAGAACUGGUCUCCACACAGCCUCUAUGCUGGUGGAACCGCCCAGGGCCUGGCAGGACUGGAGCAGGGUCAGUUAAGGACACUGCCAGGUGACUGCAGCAUCGCUCUGUUUGUAAUGAGACUGACGCAUGCAGCGUCACCAUGCAGGCACUAAAUUGGAUGGGGAAUGAAUGGCUUUUCUUGGAAGGGCAGUAACUCACUCUGGAUGUUACUGAAAUUAGAAAACAAAACACAAAAUCGAACCUGCAGCCUUCCCUACAGACAUCUUGGCCCUUGAAUUUCCACGACCUGGCAAAGGUGCCAGGUUCCACCAAUGCCCUUUUUCCCAAUCAACCAGAUCCCUAAGGUCCACCGAUUAUUGAUUUGACUUUCUGAUUUAUGGCUGAAACUCUGUGAAGGUCCACAAACCUUCAGAAGUAACUAGUUAGUGCCCUAGUAGUCACUUACACCUAGCUGUGGGCGACAGAAUCUGUCUUCGUGUAAGGAUUUCUGGGAGUCAGAGUGCUGGGGUGCUGGGCCUUGGGGUGGAAGCAUAGAAGAGAAAUGGGCUGGGAAACAGCCCAGAUACAUGGCCUGGGAGAUCCAGCAUCUGCUGUUUAGUUCCUGUGAACCCUAAUCCCCUCCUGAUCAGACCCAUCCCUGGUCCUCUCAGCCGUCUCCUUGCUGAGUCCUCCCAAAUGCCCCAUAGGACACUUCCAUUUCUCCAGCCCAUCUUGGAAAAGGUCUUCUGGUUAAAUGCUCAAUCUCCUGAGACCACAGAGAUCAUAUGGGGAAUAACUCAUCUCUAACAAAUUAGAACGUACUAACAAGAACAAAUAGGGCUGUCCAGUUGUGUGCUGGGGAGAGAGUGUGGGGAGAGCUAGCCGGACCCAGGAGGGGAAGAUAUAGUGUUUCCUCAUGUCGCUGAGAUGCAGAAGAGUUUUCAUUGACAGCCUGGCCUCUUUUUGUGAAUUUUCUCAUGAAACAUUUCUGGCCCAAGACCUUAAGGCCAUGUUAUGUGUUUCCCUGAGGUUAGUCACUUAUCACAAAGGCUCCUAUGGGACAAAAGGAUGCAGAGUGGGAUGGCAGAAUGUGGACACAGAGGCCUUCGGUAGUUCGGGAAACAGGGUGGGUUUUGUUCUCGUUGGCAGGCAGGCCAGGGACACCUUGUGGACUGAGGGUGAGAGGCUCAUAUCCAGCCAGGACACCGCGUAGAGUGAGUGAAUAAGGGGGAGUGUUCAUUGGGAAGCCUGGAUACGGGUGAGGCGCACGCGGUGUGCCACUGGGUAGGACAUACCAACCAUUUACAUUUGCCAGAAACACUAGAGAGAACCAUGUCCCAACACCAGCUGGUUCCUGCCAUUCUCAGGAGCAGGGAAGAGCUGGUACCUCCGGACCCCUGAGCUGACACGUCUCCAGAGUCAGGGUCCCACUCCAUGAGAACGUUCAGUUGAGUGAAAAGGGACCACAGGCCUCAUUUCCCAGAUGCCUAAUGGGGUGCCUGACCAGGGCACUGGAAAACAUGGUUGUGUGAGGCUGGUAUGGCUCCCCAACUCUUGCCUCCUCUGCCGUCACAGGCCCCCUCCUCAAAGCAAGAAGAGGGUCUUGUCUAUCGCAACACCCUGGGUGGCUAGCAGGGCAGCUGGCCCACCGCGUGUGCUCCAUACAUGCUGAAGUAAAUGGCAGAGCAGAGAUCACUUAACUUCCAUGAGCGCAUGGGGUUUGAAAAAUCAAGAUGCUCCAGUGGAGGAAGACUCCGCCAUCUCUUCUUUUCAUGUACAAGUUCAGGUCCUUUAUAAAUGCAGGUGGUGGAGGAUGGAAGUGCAUCCUCCUGCAUCUGAAAGGCAACAGUGGAAAGAGAAGAGAGUGGGGUUGUUUGAAGAGGGACCCCCUCCCAGCUAUAACCUGUAACAGGAGCCCUUAGGCAAGGAGCAGGGGUAGGUGGGCCUCCACGAGACCACUUACUCCUCCCCAAAGUCAGGGGCAGCAUCCGAGGAGAGAAGGCCGUACUGUGUUAAUGCCCCCAGCCCUGUGCUUCUCUCCAGGCCCUUUUAUCCGAUUCACUGCAGAGGAGAUUCAUCAAGAUGAAGCUCAAUCCCCAACAGACUAAUGAAAAGAGGGCAACAGACAUGAGAAGGGCCGAAAUGCAGACAGUGUGUGUUAAUCACAGGCAAGAGAAACACGUCGCCUCUAAUGUCUGUUUGCUUUUAUCUUGAAAUGAAAAUGCAUCUCUGCUGCCAAGACCCUUUUUCCUGAGCAUUUCAGUACAGAAAUGGGACGCACACACAUACACACACAUACGCACACACAAACAAAAUUGGAGGGUUCUUUUCCCCAGCGGAAAGAGCUGUCAGAGAAAUGAGCCCACAGGUUGUGUCUAUUUGCAGAAGCAGAAAAUCGACCGCAAGUCUCAGCUACAGGCUCCAGCCCCCAUGUAGAAAAGGGAGUGAAAAGCGUGAGGAGGCAUCAGCCCUUGGGAAGGUCCGUUAACAGCGCUGUGCUGGGGGCCUCCACCUGUGCCUGGGGGUCACAGGUGUGACUAUCAUGUGCACGUCCACCCCUGGAGACAAAAGGACAUCCGUCCUGGUGCAUAUGGAAUGCAGGGAUCUGGAGCCCCCACCCCAGCCCCCCAGCUCCCUUACAGGGCUGCAGAGGAGCCUCUGGCAGAUGGGACUCUGGAGAGGUCAUGCCCAUCUUUACUAGUCAGUUUCAAGGGGUGGAAAUAAAGCAGAAGCAUUUUGGAGGUCGGUAAGCUAGACCAGUAGCCAGGGCUGAUCACCCAAAAAAGCAAGAGAAGAGAUGGAGGGGAAAGGUGACUCAGAGUUGGAGAGGGAACAGGUGAGGCUGUGCAGGAGUGACAGCAACAGGGACACCCCUCACCGGGGAAGCCAGAGGAUUGCUCUGGAUUGAAAGCCAUAUCCAGAUUUCAGUCAAGUAGGGGUGAGUCUGACUAUAUGACCACAGAGGCAGCAAAUCAAUUGCUUCCAAAGUCAGAGCUGUUUGAAGGUGAUUUCAGUUCUUUGUUGAACUAGUCAUGAUGGAUCAAUCCACCUGAUUGCUUCCAGCCUGACCUCAGUGCUUCCAGAACCGGUUGUUGGUGGACUGAGCUGGACAGGCUCGGAAUGAGAUUGAAGAAAACCAGUUGGUGAGUUUAGAAAAGAAAUUGCAUGUAGAAAUCAGUUGUUUUCAAAGAAAUCUGUAGGGAUUAGAGUGGGUCUGCUAUGUUAUUGGCAUGGACAUUAUGUCAGGAAGGUAAGAGUCAGAAUGAUUUUUGUGGGACAUUCAUUUGGAAAAUUAAUAUAUUAAAUAUAAAUUCUCAGAGACAAGUAGCUAAGGACCGCUAAAUAUAUGUGUCAUAUGCAUAUCUAGAGUGCAGACGUAAGUGAAAUAUAGACUGAAGAUGUCGAUGCUUCACACUUUAAAUUCCUUAGAAGCCCUGGUUUGGAUGUUAGACUUUUUCUUAUUGUUGUUUACUUCUAGCUCUCAAAGCGCUGGAACAGUGCCUGGCACCUAGUAGGAGUUUGCUAAGCAUUUAGAAAUUGAUGGUCCAGCUUGUCACCACUCAGUAGACACUCAGUAGUGUCCCUAUACCCCAAGUUAAAUGAGCUACAGAGAAGCGGGUCGGCGACAUCCUCCUCGUAGAUCAUCACAACUGGCUGAGGAGAAGCCUUUGUGGAUUCCCAGAUUCGGUGCUGUGUUCCGCCAGCUGCAGGUCUUGGGUCUGGCUCUCUGGUAGUGGUCCGUGAUGGGAUGUUACAUUAAGUGAGCUGAUCCCACUUAAACCAAAUCUGCAUAACUUCCAGCAAGCUAUUUCUACAGGGAACAGGGCUGGGGGCUCCCCUCUUAUAGCCUCUGCCAUUUCCUAAAUACUCAAUGAUAUUCCGUUGAAUUUUGCCAACUUCAGUUCUGGAACUAAAUGUAAAGGUUCUGGGCUCAGCCAGUCUGAAAGGUCUAGAAAUUCCUUCUCUCUGCCCUUCCCUUCUCCCUCAUCUGGAGAUGCCACCACCAUUUAGAUGCCUUGGAUGGCUGUUUCUUCCCAGCUGCCCAACCACAGUGUGUGGGGAAAAGGUCCGGUGAGCUUUCUCUUCUUGGAACCUCUGUGGUGUCGACACUACAGACAGAGGAAAGACCAGUAGCAUCAUUUUAUAGAAUCGCCUUAGAUCACUGUUACAGUCUGGGCAGUUCCUGCCAGUGUGGCCAGAAUGCCUCUUGCUGUGGCCGUCCGCAUCUCCGUGGCUGGGCCAGUGUGUACCUGACACGUGUCAGACUUCUGAGAUCUUCCAGCUGCCUCAGAGUGAAUUCUUUCAAUUUAAAAAAUGUGUUUAUUUGCUAAAUAUACUAUUGUGUGUGUAUGAGUGUCAUACAAGGCAAACUCUGGACUAUCUCGUUAGAAGGAUGUUGUGUGUUUACAGCAUCUUGAAUCUAAUUUCAGGAGAGCACACUAUCAACUUGUUCAAUGAACGAGAAAAUGCCCUUUCACACCCCUACCCUCUCUCAGCACCCCUUCCCUGCCUAAUUGAGCUGUCCGAUCCACUCCAGGCUGACACAGAGUGAGGGGCACUGAGAAUCGGUAUGUAUAUAAAGAUAUAGGAAGAAAAAAGUACCACCACAGGAAUCUGCUGGGCUUCUUCCCAUGACUGUGAUCUUACCCAUGUUUGAAUUACAAACUUUAAAUUUCUAACAAUUCAGAUUCUUGCCAUUUCCAAGUAAUUUGUUAAAUGCCUAUUUAACACAUAGACAGAUAUUUAUUUUCAACCUUGGCUUGUAAACGUCUACAAACUGAUUCAUGUUGGUGGUCAUUACGACACUUUCUGUGAAUUGGUGAAUAAAUAUGAUUUUCGAAUUUCACAGUAA